CUUCAGUCUUCACUUCACCCACUUUCUCAUUUCACGCGGGUUGUGGCGUAGUUUAAGCAGAGAGGGUGCGCAGGAUAACGUCUCUUCACCAUUGUUUCAACAUGAAGGUUUGUAAUAAAAAUUUGUUUCUAUCAGCAUUGCUUUGCAUUGCUGUUGCAGGAGUUUUGGGUCAAGCUCCUAGUAAUCCUCCUACGUCUACGCCGGCGCCACCCACACCACCGGCUUCUACUCCUCCUCCGACGACUCAAGCACCGCCUACACCAACCGCCACUCCGCCACCGGUUUCUACUCCUCCUCCCACUUCGUCACCGCCCCCAGUGACAGCUUCUCCACCCCCAGUUUCAACUCCUCCACCCAGUUCUCCUCCUCCUGCAACUCCACCACCUGCUUCUCCUCCUCCUGCAACUCCACCUCCAGCUUCUCCACCUCCCGCCACUCCUCCACCAGCUUCUCCACCUCCCGCCACUCCACCACCUGCAACCCCACCGCCAGCAACUCCUCCUGCUGCUACCCCACCACCAGCUCCAUUGGCUUCUCCUCCAGCCACGGUCCCAGCUAUCUCUCCAGUACAAACACCAUUGACAUCGCCACCAGCUCCGCCGACCGAGGCCCCAGCACCUACCCUCGGGGCUGCUACGCCAGGUCCAGCUGGAACUGACACGAGUGGAGCAAAUCAAAUGUGGACCGUACAAAAGAUGAUGGGAAGCUUAGCCAUGGGAUGGGCUCUGCUCAAUCUGAUGGUUUAAAACAAAAGAGUGCCUCACAUUUGAUGCAAUAGCUCUGUAAUGUUUCAUUCAUUUGCUUAUUUCGGCCUUGUUUUUCUCGUAUUCUAUGGGCUGAUGUCUCAUAUGGGACUUUUCUACUAGAGAGCCUACGCUACUUUACCAUUAUAUUGUAUUCUUUGAGACAUUAUUAUUAUUUUUUUACCUUUUGAGGACACUCUUUUUUUGUAUUUGAAGGAAUUUAUUGUUUAUUUUGUUUGGAAUA